AUGUCGCCUCCUGAUUCUCCCCCUGCCGUGUCCGGCAGCGACGAGAUCAAGUGUAUGUACAUCGAAAACUGCGACACUGGAUCUCAGCCUCGUAAGGCCAUCUCGCAUAUCUUUGGUCGCAACAAGCUCUGCACCCGCAUGAUUCCCGCCCACGUUUGGGUUCAUUUCUGCCGCAAGCACUACCAGCGAAGCCGUUACCGCAAUGCCCAUGAGUACUCGAAGCUCCAGGUCGAUCUUGUUCAGAAGCAAAUCGCCAGAGUUCAGCAGUGGAGCGAUGAGAACGAGAGAGCUGGCAAGGCAGGCGUGGUGAACAGCUGGUCUCUUGCCAUUCGCAAGCGAGAGCAGAAGCGAUUGGAGGACAAGAAGGAGUCGAAGAAGCGUGCCUACCAAGAUGAGUCCGAGGACGAGCAGCUCGACGGUGCUAUGCUCAACGGCACUGCCGUCCCCGAAUGGCUCCUCAGCAAGUGCGGUGCUGGAUACACCACUGUUGCUAUUCAGGAGAUUGUCGCUCAGUUGAAGACCGAGAUCGACGGUGGCAGCCUGAGCCAGAUCCCCGAUAUCGAGAUCCUCCCUACCAUCAGCAGCGACGGUCCCGACGAGAAGCCCAAGACCUACCUCAAGCGCAAGACAAGCGGCGGCGCUGCUCACAAGCGUUCCCAGUCGAUGGGUGUCGCCUUGAGACCCGAGGCAAUGCCUAUGGCUAGACGUGUCAGCCAGCCCAAUGCCUACUGGGGCCAUGACAGUAACCAUACCUUCUCACUCGAAAAUUGGGUCCAGAAUACUGAUAUAUCUCUAGCCGGCUUCUACGAGGAUCGCAACGCGAUUCCCGGCAUGCCUCGAGUUCCGUCUGGCAUGCGUCGCAUGAACAUUCCGCACCGCCCUGCCUUUGGUAACAUCCGCGAGAACCACCCUGAGGAGGACUACUACCGCCAGCCCCAGAUGGGUUCCGGCCCUUUCAUCUUCGGUGCCGGCGGUCCUCAAGGCGGUCCUCUCCCUGCCCCUACUCCCCAGCGUCGCGGCAGCAAGUCCAUGGCCUCUCACCUAGAGACCUCCACUACCAUGCCUACCUAUCCUGACCCUCGCCGGGCAUAUCACCAGCGAUCUCAGAGCGAGAUUGGAGGAGGCUUUCACCAGGGACAGGCUCCCACGUACCGACCCAACUCGUCUUCGGGCUUCGCUCCUUACGGAUACGCUCCCAACCCGGUUGACCAGCCGCAGCAACAGCAGCCCCAAGACCAGUACGAUGGCACCUAUCCUCGUCCUCACGACAACCCGUUCGCCCAGGCCGCUCAGCCCAACUACUAUGAGGAUCCUCAGCGGCAGUACGCUUACGGCGCUUCUCCGUUCCAGACCAAUCCUGCCUCUCGCCUUGGUCCCGUUGGCGCCAACAGACACACCCGUCACCAGAGCACUCCGAACGCACCCCGUGCCAUGCACCGCGCUCCCUCUGCGCACGGCUUCGCGGUGGCCCCAAACCAGCAGGGCUAUGAUCGCACUCCCGAGCACUCGCGCCAUUCCUCCUACGCCACCCCGCCCAUGCAGCCCAUGCAGCCUAUGCAACCCAUGCAACCCAUGAAUGACGGCACCCGUCACUGA